AUGUUUGGGCAAAACCCUUGUGGUUGUCCGUGCUCUGGAGAUAGCGUUUGUGCUAAUGUCAUAGGUGUUCAGCUGUGUAUGCAGGGAACAGGGGACAGAGAGGACCUCAUUCAGGGACUUGUUUUGCUGAUCUAUGCAUGUAAAACUACAUUAAAAUCUAUUUGCAGUUUAAUGCCUAAAAAUUACCAGCAUGUUCUUGCCUUCAUCUUUGCAAUUCAAGAGAUCAACAGGAAUGACCACCUCUUACCCAAUAUCACACUGGGAUUCGAAAUCUAUGACAAUGCUUUCAAUCCACUGAGAGCCGUUUGGAACACUCUGCAGUUCCUCUUCACAGGGCAGGGGAAUCCCUUGAAUUACAACUGUGACGGGAAGCAGCAGCUAGUCCUUGCCAUUGGUGGGCUCACCUCCCCAAAUUCCAUACACAUGGCCAGUGUCUUCAAUACCUACAAGAUCCCACAGCUGAGUUAUGGAUCUUUUGACCCUGUGCUAAGUGAUCAAACCCGGUUCCCUUUUUUCUUCCGGAUGGUUCCAAGUGAAGACCUUCAAUAUAUCGGGAUUAUUUUUCUGCUGAAGCAUUUCAAGUGGAAUUGGAUCGGUCUGCUCACAUCAGAUGAUGACAGUGGAGAAACAUUUGUUCAAAAUAUGAGUCCAAGACUUCUUCAGAGCAAUAUUUGUAUUGCUUUGGCACAAUCCAUUCCAAAAGUAACAAGUCGCACAUCAAAUACACACACUGAAAAAAUGCUGGUGGAAAUAGCUUUUGCUGUCUGGAAGGAAGCAAAGCUGAAUGUGGUUCUUGUCUAUGGGGAUAGUCAUUCUAUGGAGGGUUUACGAAUAAUCUUAGAAUCCUACGAAUUUCAUCAUAAGCUUCCAUUGCAGAGAGUGUGGCUCAUAACUGCUCAGUGGGAUUGCACAACUCUUUCUUCAUGGAAUAAAUUCACAGGGAAAUCCUUCAAUGGUUCUUUGUCAUUCACACUUCACAGAAAAGUGGUUCCAGGAUUUCAGGAGUUCCUGGAGAGUAUAAAUCCAUACCAGUCUAUGAUAUAUUUCAUCCAUCAGUUCUGGUCGUAUGCAUUUCUCUGUUCACUCCCAAAGCAUGGCUUAUAUGUUCCAAAUCAAGACAACUGCACUGGGGAGGAGAAACUGGGGAGCCUCCCUGAAUCUGUGCUUGAAAUGGGCAUGUCUGGGCAGAGCUAUAACAUCUACAAUGCUGUUCAUGCUGUAGCACAUGCUCUCCAUACUAUGUAUUCUUCGAAAACUAAACAGAAGGAAAUGGAGAAACUCGGGGGAAAGAGUCUUCUGUUACGGCCUCUUCAUGCUUUUCUGAGCAAUAUCCAUUUCAAUAAUAGUGCUGGGGAAGAAAUCUUUUUUGAUGCGGAAGGGAGCCUGCCAUCUGGAUACGAUAUCAUCAACUUGGUCACAUUCCCCAAUGACACCUUCCAGAAAGUCCAAACUGGAAGGAUGGAUCCCCUGGCUCGUGAAGGAAAAACGUUCACCAUGAAUGCAAAUGCAGACCAGUGUGAGAUGUGUCCAGAAGAUCAAUGUCCAAAUGAGAAACAGGAUCAAUGCAUCGCCAAAAUGAUGACCUAUUUAUCCUAUGGAGAACCAUUGGGAGCGGUUUUGAUUUCUUUUGCUCUUUUGUUUUCCCUGAUCACCUUUGCUGUGAUUGGGAUCUUUGUUCUGCUCCACAAAACUCCCAUUGUGAAAGCCAGUAACUGGAGCAUUACUUGUACCCUUCUCUCCUCUCUGCUGCUUUGCUUUCUCUGCUCCUUCCUAUUCAUUGGUCAGCCUAGGAAGGUGACCUGCCUCCUCAGACAAACCGUGUUUGGCAUCACCUUUACUGUUGCUCUUUCUUCUGUGUUGGCCAAAACCAUCACUGUUGUUCUGGCCUUCCUGGCCACCAAGCCGGGAAACAGGAUGAGGAGAUGGAUAGGGAAGAGGCUGGCAGUAUCGGUCAUCAUUCUCUGUUCACUUAUUCAAAUUGGCAUCUGUGCUGUGUGGCUGGCAAACACUCCCCCUUUCCCAGAGUUUGACAUGCACUCUCAGAUCAGUGAGAUCAUUGUGCAAUGCAAUGAAGGCUCAAACACCAUGUUCUACAUCGUCCUGGGCUACAUGGGUUUUCUGGCCACCAUCAGCUUCACUGUGGCCUUCCAUGCUAGAAAGUUACCAGAUAGCUUUAAUGAAGCCAAGCUGAUCACCUUCAGCAUGCUGGUCUUCUGCACUGUUUGGAUUACUUUUGUCCCAAGCUACUUGAGCACCAAGGGGAAAUACAUGGUGGCAGUGGAGGUCUUCUCCAUCAUGGCCUCUAGUGGUGGACUGUUGAGUUGUAUCUUCCUCCCCAAAUGCUACAUUAUUAUUCUUAGACCUGAUCUGAAU